ACGGAUACCGGAAUUGUCUGCAACCUGAAAGAACGGUUUGGUUGGUGUAAGUUUGUUUUUUGAAAAAUGGAGUUGGUUUAAAUCGGUGGAAUUGCAGGGAAACGAAUUGGAGAGAAAGAGGAGGAAACAGGAGGAGGCGUGUUUCUGUGGUAAGGAAGGGAAGGAGGGAAGAAGGAGAGGUUGAUUGUAAAAAAAUUAUCGAAAUUGAAGAUACGGAAGAAACAUCACGGCCUUCGUGCUGAAUUAUUUUGGUUUCCGAAUCAGAAACAGCAGCAGAAGUCUUUGAUGGUGCAUUCACAGAAAGGAAAAACAGGAAACACGUCUCUGAUGGAUAGUCUAUGGGACUUUUAGGAUUCGCGUCAAGCGUGGCAUCAAUCUUGUGUUCGUGAUGUUCGUAGUAGCGAUCCAUAUGUUGUUGUCAAGAUGGGCAAACAGAAACUGAAGACUCGUGUAAUAAAGAAGGAUGUAAAUCCGGAAUGGAAUGAAGAUUUAACUCUAUCCAUUACAGAUCCUAAUGUUCCCAUCAAGCUGACUGUGUAUGACCAUGACACGUUUAGCAAAGAUGACAAAAUGGGAGAUGCAGAGUUCGACAUUAAAUCAUAUAUUGAAGCCUUGAAGAUGAAUUUGAACGGCCUCCCAUCUGGCACCAUAAUCUCAAGAAUUACACCAAGUAGACACAAUUGUCUCGCUGAGGAGAGUUGCAUUUUCUGGAACGAUGGCAAAGUUGUCCAAGACCUCUGUCUCAGAUUGAGAAAUGUGGAAUGUGGUGAAGUGGAGAUUCAACUACAAUGGAUUGACCUUCCCGGUUCCAAGGGUUUGUAAAGUGUACAAAUACUCCCUAUCUCAUAUGCUUAGUUAAUGUCUCUGGUCUGCUUUUCAGAACUUCCGUCGCCUGGCGUGGCAGCGUCUUACAGUUUUCGAGUUAGGGUUAUUGGUUUGGUUACUGUUAUGUAUUACAAUCUAACCUUGAAUACACUUAUUUCUGCCUAUUCUAAUCAGGUUUGUACUCGGCAUACAGGGUUGAAUAUUUUUGGACUUUGGUUUAUGAAUGUCUAAGUGAUUUGUGCCA